AUAGCCGAUGGGUUAACAAAGAGUCUUCCAAAGCUCUCUCAUCUUGCAUUCCUUCAACGGUUGAAGAUCACCGAUCAAAAGGAGAUACUAAAGGCAAAUCGCAAUAGAGAGCUCUCCGAAGACCAAGCAAAACUGGAAGCCCUCAUGAUGAAAGAGGACCUGUGGAAUUACCCUGAAUAA